CCGCAGCAGCCGCAGCAGCAGCGGCCCCAGGAUGGUGAGCGCCGCUGACCCCCAGCCCUGGCCCGUCGCCCCCGACCCGCGCUCCCGCCCCGGUCCUUGGGCCGGACGCCCCCCCAGGCCUCGCACACUCACCUAGGACCCGGCCGGGAUGCCGAGUUCUGACGAAGAUGCACUGGACACCAGAACACGCCCAGCCCCUCAACCAGUGGCCAGAGCAGCACCUGGACGUCUCCUCCACUACCCCAUCGCCGGCCCACAAGUUGGAGAUGCCUCCAGGGGGUCGCCAGCGCUGCCACUACGCUUGGGCACACGAUGACAUCUCCGCCCUCACUGCCUCCAACCUCCUCAAGCGCUACGCUGAGAAGUACUCCGGAGUCCUGGACUCGCCCUACGAGCGCCCGGGCCUGGCCAGCUACAGUGACACCGCCUUCCUCAACGGCGCCAAAGGGGACCCGGAGCCCUGGCCCGGGCCGGAGCCACCUUACCCGUUGGGCUCGCUCCACGAAGGCCUCCCUGGAGCCAAGCCGGCCGGAGGGGGUGGGUCCGCGGGCCUCGGGGGCUCCCCGGUGGUAGCGGGGAACCUGGCUGAGCCAUUGUAUACCGGCAAUGCGUGCGGGGCCCCGUCGGGGGCCACCGAGUACGCGACGAGCUACGGGGGCGGUUACCUGGCGCCCGGCUACUGCGCGCAGACGAGCGCCGCGCUGGCCCCGCCGCCCCCGGCCGCGCUUCUGCAGCCAGCACCGCCGCCCGGCUACGGGCCCUCGGCGCCGCUCUACAACUAUCCGGCGGCCGGCUAUGCUGCGCAGCCCGGCUUCGGGGCGCUCCCGCCGCCCGCCGCGCCCCCCGCGCCCUACCUGCCGUCCGGCCUGGCGGCGCCCACGCCCCUGCCCGCCCCCGCGCCGCCUCGGCCCGCGCCCUACGGCUUCUCUACCGCCGCCGCCGUCGAGGGCGUGUCGCUGAAGCGCAAGGCCGUCGACGAGGGCGCGGAGGCUCGCUACCGCAAGUACGCUUACGAGCCUGCCAAGGCCCCCGCGGCCGACGGCGCCACCUACCCCGCCGCGGACGACGCCGAGUGUCGGGGCAACGGGUUCCGCGCCAAGCCAGCCGCAGCUACGGAGGAGGGGACCGGCAAGUACGGCGGCGGCGGCGCUCUCAAGGUCCUGGGGUCCCCCGCCUACGGCCCGCACCUCGAGCCCUUUGACAAGUUUCCCCCCGAGCGGGUCCCGGCCACCCGCGGAGGAUUCACAGCGCCGUCCGGGGAGCCUCCCAAGGGUGUGGACCCGGGGACCCUGGAGCUGGUGACCAGCAAGAUGGUAGACUGCGGGCCCCCGGUGCAAUGGGCAGACGUGGCGGGCCAGGGCGCUCUCAAGGCGGCGCUGGAGGAGGAGCUGCUGUGGCCCCUGCUGAGGCCGCCCGCCUGUCCCGGCAGCGCGCGCCCGCCGCGGACCGUGCUGCUCUUCGGGCCCCGCGGCUCCGGCAAAGCGCUGCUGGGUCGCUGCCUCGCCACCCAGCUGGGCGCCACGCUGCUGCGCCUGCGCGGGGCCGGCCUGGCCGCCUCGGGCGCCGUCGAGGGCGCGCGCCUCCUGCAGGCGGCCUUUGCGGCUGCGCGCUGCCGCCCGCCCGCGGUGCUGCUCAUCAGCGAGCUGGACGCGCUGCUGCCGGCGCGGGACGACGGGGCCUCGCUGCGGGCGCCUCUGCUGGCCUGCCUGGACGGCGGCUGCGGCGCGCGCCACGAUGGCGUGCUGGUGGUGGGUACCACCUCGCGGCCGGCGGCCCUGGACGAGGCGACUCGCCGGCGUUUCGCGCUGCGCUUGUACGUGGCGCUGCCCGACGGUGCCGCGCGCGGGCAGAUCCUGCAGAGGGCGCUGGCUCAGCAGGGCUGUGCGCUGAGCGAGCGGGAGCUGGCCGUCCUGGUGCAGGGCACCCAGGGCUUCUCAGGCGGCGAGCUGGGGCAGCUGUGCCAGCAGGCAGCGGCCGAGGUGGGCCUCUCUGGACUGCAGAGGCCCCUUUCCUACAAAGACUUAGAGGCUGCUCUAGCCAAGGUGGGCCCUCGGGCUUCCCCCAAGGAGCUGGACUCUCUAGUGGAGUGGGACAAAAUGUAUGGCUCCGGACACUGAGGAUGGCCGGGGAGAGGCCACCUUCGCCAGAGGGGAUUGUCCAUGGCCAAAGGAGUGAUGAAUGUGGGGUGAAAGAGGGGAGGGCUCUGCUGGUGAGUUUGUUUGCAUGGGAAGGAAAAUGCUUCUGUCAGGCAGAUCGAUGCCAUAUGCACCAGUAUACUCAGGUUUCUCCUAUUUAUUGUGGACGGGAAGUUCGCCAUAACCGCCGGGCACACCCGACAUGAGCUGGCACCAGGGCCUAGGGAGCUCCCGUCCUCUCUCCGUAAUCCUUUUGUCUCCUUGUACUCUGAGCGCCACCCUUCUUUUCCCAUCCUACCUUUUCUAUUUAGGCUUAGUUUCUCCUCGAGGCUUUGUCAUUGACCCCUCCCCAUACUAUCCCUGUACCUUUUUGGCUCCUUCCUCUGGUCCCCUCCUCACGUCCCACUCUCUGAGCUUUUCUGUGUGGCUCCUCUGUGUCUCCUCCCUCCUCACUGCUCCUCAUUCACUCUGCAGGGUCUUGGCAGAAGUUCUUUUGGCUAAGAGGUUGAGAAGGGGGGAGGGUAGGGAGCCCCACAACCCCUCAGUAUAUUAUCCACUAGAAAUCUUUGGUCUUAGGGGUGGGAACAAGGGAAAAAACACCCAAAGAAGGGUUUUUUGUUGUUGUUGUUCAUUUUUGAGGGGAAGUCCCAGAAAUUUAGGUUGCUUAAUAUUUUAGGCCUCUUAUUUUUGUAAGAUGUGUAGGAUUUGCUGUUUUUCGUUUUAUUUUGACAACUCAGGAAGAAACUGACCUUAGAAAGAAUGUUAGACUUCUGCUCUCCUGUUACCCCUAGGCCCCACCCCAGGGGAGCAGAUUCUCCCAGACCAGAGAGACUGGGGCUGAUGAGGAAGACCAGACAUGAGUCCCAAACUGCUAUUGUUGGGGCAGAAGCAGAAUGUAACUAAAGGCUUCCUCCCCAGGCCCAGCUUGCAAGGGAGAGAUGAGCGGGAGCAGGGCCCUCCAGGGGGCCAGGGAGACUUGCUGCUUCCUUCUGGCCAGUCUCCUGUGGGCAGCAGUCCUCGGCUUCAGGUUCUCUGGGAAACUUAAAGAGGGUUGGGGUACUCUCGCUCAUGUCCUGCCUCAGGUGACCCAGUGGAAUGUUCUCAGGUUACCUCACUAGACACCUGCUUAGUCAGAGGCUCCCUAUACCAGGCUAAGAGGAUCCCCCCAGAAUGAAGAUGGUCUAGCCAGAAGUCUGGCUGGCACAAUAUUGACUACUAGAAGCCAGGCCUCCUGUUUCUCUGGGAGCUGUCAGGAGGGAGAGCAUGGCUCUGGAGACAGUUCUGUGGGGAAUGUAUUUCCUUGCUCUCCCAGGCUGUGGGGCCUGGAGAGGAUGACAUGAAGGAGGAAUCUAUUAGAGCCCUUCUCUUCAAACCCUCUUCCUCCUGCUUGCUCCCUCAGUGGGACUUCAGCUGUUCAGCCCCUCAGACCAUUUCACAGUCUUUGGUGCAAAGAAGGAACAUUCCCCAUCUUUGUCCCACCCUAGCCCCCUGCUUGUCCCUACAGUUCCUAGUUCCUCCUCACUUCCUGGGUGCUGAGGAUGGCAUGGGAGACGUGGCAGGGGCCAGGUACUGAGGGCAAGCACUAGCCUUGAGUGUGAACGGGAGAGCUGCUGUGUUCCCUUCGUCCUUGUUUCCUCCGAGCCUCUCUCUGGAGCCAGAGGCACUGCUGCCAAAAGAUCCUUGGUAGGAACAGGGGA